AUGAAGGCAGUCAUCGACGAGCGACUAUCGGAUCACGUAUGGUUUACGCCUGUCGACCUGUUAGGGAUUUUGUGCAAGAAAAUAAAGCGUCAGACGUUGGCAGGACCCGCACCAGUGUUGAGUCAAGUUCAAAGCUACGUCAAGAAGUGGAGAAAGGCUCACAAGCGAAAAGCUUUACAAUCUGUUGUUGCUUUGUGUAGCACACACAUGUACGACGCUGCAGAAGACAUACAAGUGACUAGUGAUGAAAUGAUUCUUCUCUGUGACACCAAGACCGAUGACAACCAGUUGGUUCCCAGUAUUGGCACGGGCUCCAAGUUGUCGGCCUUUCGUAUUGGAGUCACAUGCCACGCUCUGUUAGAAACUUAUGUCACUGUACAACGAGAUCCGCGGCGCACGACGCUGCUUCACAUCGAUAGCACCCACAGCAUCGUUAAACAGUGCUAUCCCGUCUUCGUGUUUGGGGUUUCGGUCUGCCGGUGUAAGUUUUUCCCGAUUAUUUACUUUUGUACUUCUCAGCGCACUGGAGUUGAUGUGGAAUGGCGCAUCAAGUUUACCAAGCGCAUCGUCUGGGAGAAGUUCUUAGUCAGUUUUUCGCCAGCGUUUGUCAUGUCCGACGCGGAUAAUGCACAAUACAACGCGUGCAAAGCUGCUCUACCUGGCUCCAAGUUUUUUAUGUGUUGGUUCCAUGUCUGUGUUGGUUUGUAG